AAGUUUGGACAUAAGUAUUAGUUUAUGGAUGAAUACAAGGCAACCCAGCAAACGAUCUGCUAUGUAUUGAUAUACGAAAGACAACCAAGUACAAAAUGACAAACAUGAAAAAUUUGGACGAAGGUAUCGUACAGCAAACUUGGCCAGCAAGUAGGAGUGCCGAAGCCGGCCCUGGAGAACUAUGUAUACGUCAGUCCAGUUCUAUAUCUUCACAGAAUGAAGUGUCGUAUCGUCAGCUGAUUGUCAGUGUCAAGUUGAAGAGGAUCAUUUGAAAAGUCGUUGUGGUCUCACGUAGUUUUUUCAAUAUUUUAUUUUUAUAUGUAGUGAUAUUUAUUUAUCUAUAACGUACUUAACGUUAAGAUAUGGUCUUAUCUUAAGAUCGCAUUAGUGUUGUAGUAUCGUCUGUCUGCCUAAGGAAAAACCAUGGAUCUAGUGAAACAACCCUUAAAUUUUUUCAAAGGAACAAUUAACAAUCAGUUCAGUGGUAAGGAACCCUGGCAAAUAGUAACAAUAACUACCUCAACAGUUUUAAUAACUAUAUGGCUGUACGAACUUGUUAAUCAAGAUGAAAGUUUACUUGAAAGAGGUAAAAAAUGUGUAUUUAAAAUGGUUCGACUCAUACCUAAACUUAGAAAGAAAAUAGAGGACGAAUUACAAAAGGUUUCCCAAGAUUUUGAGGAAGAAGUUAGAGAAAGGACUAAGCAUGUGACAUAUAUCUUGGACCUCCCAGAAAAUAGUGUUUCAACAGACGAGAUAAUAACACAGCUUCAGAAAAAUUUGGGAUUAGGUGACUAUGACUGGAAAAAUGGUUUAGUCUCUGGGGCAGUAUAUUAUCACAACCUAGAACUUAUAGCUAUGCUGAGUGAAGUCUAUAAACAAACUUCAUACACAAAUCCUUUGCAUCCUGAUCUUUUCCCUGGUCUGUGCAAAAUGGAAGCAGAAGUUGUAAGAAUGGCAGCUAAUCUAUUCUAUGGAGAUGAAGAAACUUGUGGCACAAUGACAAGUGGUGGCACUGAAUCUAUUCUAAUGGCAUGUAAGGCAUAUAGAGACUAUGGCAAAGAAGAUAAAGGCAUAACAAGGCCAGAAAUGGUGGUGCCUUCAACAAUUCACUCAGCGUUUGAUAAAGCUGCACAGUAUUUCAAGAUAAAAGUUAGGUCAGUACCUGUAGAUCCUUGGACAUAUCAGGUGGAUCUGAACAAGUUCAGGAAGGCAAUCAACUCUAACACAAUCAUGCUUGCAGGAUCAGCUCCCAACUUCCCAUAUGGUACAAUGGAUGACAUUCAAGCUAUAAGUGAGUUGGGUUUGAAGUAUAACAUUCCUGUUCAUGUUGAUUCUUGCCUUGGAGGUUUUCUAAGCUGCUUCAUGAAGGAUGCUGGUUAUCCUAUCCCAUUGUGUGAUUUUAGGCUACCUGGUGUUACAAGUAUAUCUGCUGAUACCCAUAAGUAUGGGUUCACACCUAAAGGUUCAUCAGUGAUUUUAUACAGUCACAAAAAGUAUCGUCACUUCCAAUACACUGUCACCACUGAUUGGCCGGGUGGUGUCUAUGGGUCACCUAGUGUAGGAGGUUCCAGAGCAGGUGGCAACAUUGCAGUAUGUUGGGCGACAAUGUUGAGCUUUGGCAAGGCAGGAUAUGUGAAGGCUACCCGAGACAUAAUACAUACGACGAAAUAUAUUGAGAAAGGUUUGAGGAGAAUAAAAGGGAUCUUCAUAUUCGGACAACCUGUGACAAGUGUGAUCGCCAUUGGAUCCUACGACUUUGACAUAUACAGGCUGUCAACUGCCCUUAAACAGAAAGGCUGGAACUUGAAUAAUUUGCAAUUUCCGUCAGGCAUACAUAUAUGCGUGACCCACAUGCAUGUAGCUGCUGGAGUUGCUGACAGAUUUAUAGAAGAUGUCAAAUCAUCUGUCACAGAAAUCAUGAAGGAUCCUUCUUUGCCAGUUGAAGGAAAAAUGGCCAUAUACGGAGCAGCUCAGGAAAUACCCGAUCGAUCAAUAGUCGGAGACUUCACCAGACUUUUCCUAGAUACCAUAUAUUAUGUUCCGAAAAAGCAUUUACUCAAUGGAAAACAAUAACGAAAUGCUCUAAUUAUACACUUAAGAGGUUUUAUUUGUACAAAGUUCACAUGUGUGUAUAAUAAGUAGCUAAAUGUGGAGGUCACGAUAUAUUUGUUUUUGUAAGGUGCAUGUGAGUUGCACACCCAUUUGGUGUAAACAUAAAAAUGUAAUUUGUUUUAAGAAAAAACUUAAUAACUUUUAACGUUAUUAUAUUGAAGCAUUUAAAAGAAGCAGCAACUAAAAAAUAUUUUUAUACCGGUUAUUAAUAGAUUGUUCAAUUUUGUUUUUUUUACUAGAUUCUUACGUAAUAUGCAUGUAUAUUUCAGAAAACCGCGGCAAUAUUUCUUGGGUCGAAAGUAUACUCAGUGACAUUAGAACUGUUACACCCAGAAAAAAUAAUUUCUUCAACUUGAUUUUGUGGCAGCGAGGUAGUCUUACAUCGAGAAUAAAACGAUAACAUUCGCAGCAGUCAAAUUUCCUUGAACAAAGAGAAGGGGUGAUCAGCUACCAAAGGCAAUAGCCCCGCAAACCACUACUCCAGUCCUGUGUACAUGCCUCUCAACACCAAAUCCAAUAUCACGCCAUUCUCCACGGCGGCAUCUUACCCUUCUACGACCAUGGUGCGUACCUAGACAGAAUCGUGCUUCGUCGUUGAAGAUGACAUUAUGCCCUUCUGUCUCCCAAUAUUGCCGUUAUCUGCUCCAGUUCAAACGCUGACGACAGUGGUCCGUAGUCAGAGGAAGCAUUAACCGUGGACGGUAAGAAAAUGGUGCGAUUUAGAGUAUGCAUAGUAACAGGUCUACCUUCUCCAAACCAUUGGUCAGCAAUCUGACGCAUAGUAGCAAAACGCUCGGUGGACCAGUUGGCCUUCUUCGUGUUCAUCUACCUUCUUCAAUCCACACACGUCACACACGCAUUACUGUCAUUGCAGCACUAUUAACACGGCGGCCAAUUUCACGAUAGGACCAACCAACACCUCGAUAGGCAAUAAUUCUACCCCUGUCAAAGUCCCUAACAUGGUGAUAAUUUGGACGUCUUCGAACUCGAAGCAUGUUUAGCACUAGUAAAUGAAAGGGCAAUAACUAAACAUAUAUGUACUACUCAGCUCUCAGAAAUUGAUAAAACAAAGAUAAAACGUUGACAUAGUCGCCGCAGCAUGCUUUAAAUAUAGUCAUUAUGUUGCCAAAAAACAGGUUAAGGAAACAUUUUUUUUUUGGGUGUAACACUUCAGUCACUGAGUAUACAUCCGAAAAUCUCUACGCCACUGAUGAGGCUACAUAAGGACAAAAAAUGAUUAUUGUUCAAAUAAGGCUAUAGCAACUUAGGAUUUGUCUCCUGAUACACUAGGCUGAAUUCAAUGUCAAACGUCAUUUUUUAUGCAGAUAUUACCUCAAAUAUUGAACUUUUUUCUCAAGAAAUGCGAUUCAUAUGAAAUCAUUCAAAAAUGCUAUAGAUUGUCCAAAAAAGUCAGUGGCAUAGAAAAUAAUCCUUUCCAACAUAGGGGUGAAAAUUUCCCGAAUUCUACGCCACUGAGGUAGUCUUAGGCACGGAAAUUCUUGUAUGUAUUGGUUAUGAUGACAGUACUACGUGUAAGCCAAUAUCUUAAUCCACUGCUAAGAUAUAUUUUUCCGAUUUUAAAAUUAGCUCAACACUAUCGGUAAACGGCCAUUUCAGGACCCAUAUUCAUCUAAACUUUUUGCUUUUAAAUAUUAUCGCGUUUUUCUGAAACACCCUAUAUUUUUACAAAAUCAAAGGCUGUUUGUAUGACUAAAAUGUAUAUUUAAAAAAAUUAAAUAAAUCAACAAAAUAAAAGAAAUACAACAAUA